UCUGAACGGAAUCUUGAUUUCGAUCAUUUUUAUUUACUGGCAACAUUUCUCAGCCUUUUCCGGCUUCUUGUGUCAAAGAAAGUAGGUGAUUUUGUUUUGAAAAAAUCCAUGUUAAUCGUAUGAAAAUAGUAAAAUAUUGAUGAUUUAGUUACUACACAGUGCGAUUGAUAUUGUUUCACUACAGUGUUAAUUUAUAUUUCUGCCUCACCAUGAAGCAAAUCGUUGCUAACCAAAAGGUGAAGAUCCCUGAUGGGCUCACAGUUCACGUUAAGUCGCGGCUGGUGACAGUGAAAGGCCCGCGCGGUGUAUUGAAAAGGAACUUCAAGCACUUGGCUGUGGACAUUCGCAUGGUGAACCCACGGCUCCUCAAAGUAGAGAAAUGGUUCGGCUCAAAAAAAGAGCUCGCUGCUGUCAGGACAGUCUGCUCACACGUUGAAAACAUGAUCAAAGGUGUGACCAAGGGUUUCCAGUACAAGAUGCGUGCAGUAUACGCUCACUUCCCCAUCAACUGUGUAACCACUGAAGGCAACUCAAUCAUUGAAAUCCGUAACUUCCUUGGUGAGAAAUACAUCAGGAGGGUAAAGAUGGCACCUGGUGUGACCGUUGUCAACUCACCCAAACAAAAAGAUGAGCUGAUCAUCGAAGGAAACUCAUUGGAAGAUGUCUCCAGCUCUGCAGCUCUCAUCCAACAGUCAACCACCGUCAAGAACAAGGAUAUCCGAAAAUUCUUAGACGGUCUUUAUGUUUCUGAAAAAACAACUGUUGUUAUGGAUGAAAUAUAAGGAAUUUUGAUAACAUCUUAAA